AUGACAAAACCCACGCCCUUCAUGGACUACUACCAAAUUCUAAACCUCCCCUUCGGCCCAUCAACCAGCCUAACAAAACAACAACUCAAACUCGCCUACCACAAAGCUCUCCUCCGCCACCACCCCGACAAGACCGGCCCAACCCAAGACACAACCCCGCGCCCAUACCUAUCGCAAGGGGACAAAUUCACAAUCGACGAAAUAACCACCGCCUACAAAACCCUCACAGACCCGACCCUCCGCGCCGAAUACGACCGCAUCCUCCGACUCGACCGCGUGAAGGGCGCCGAGCGCGAGAAAACCGGCGACGUCUUCCACACAGGGCUAGAGGUCGUUGAUCUGGAAGAUCUGGGCUGUGACGAGGGCGGGGGGAAACUAUUUGGUUCCGCUCGUGUCGGUGUGGUGAUGAGCGCGGGUUUCUUGUUUCGGAGGGUGAGCUUGAGGAGGAGGUUGAGCAUGGGGAGAUUGUUGUUGGUUGUCGGGGGUGUAGUCUUUGGUUGA